AUGAAAUAUAUAUAUUGGUCCUCAUGUCCUGGGCCCUUUGGAGUGAGAGGGUGGAAGGGAGGGGUGAGGGGUGAGAGGGGGGAGAGCCAGAGGUGGUACUCUUCCUCCAGCCAAGGUACAAGAAUCAUGCAGUUGCUUCUGUCUCUGCUCCUCCCGCUGCUGCAGAUGCUGUCCCUGAUGCAGGCGGCCUCUCUGCCCACAGAUGUCAGGGGCCGAUCGUUCAUGAAGGGGAUCAACAUGGCCGAUCAGCUGCUGCAUAAGAUCAGCUCCGUCCCGAUCCCAGACUACUUGAAGACCCCGGUGACUCCCAUGAACUACAGCCUGUGCUCCAUGAUCCACAUUCUGAAAAUCUCUGCUGACCUCAUCGCCAACAUCUCCAAACACACAACAGAGAUCAAGACAGAGAUUCACGAUCUGAACAGAUUCAUGGAGCAGUCCAGGCUGUGCCAGUGUGGAGGAAUCAAACCCCAGAUCUCCAGGGACCUGCAGGAGCUGCAGAGUAGGGCCCGCUUCUCAAAAACCGUCACACCAAGAGUCUGCUAUCUGCUCACAAAGUACCUGACAAAUAUGGACCGACAGGAGAGCUGUUAA